CUUUUUCAGAUAACAAUACAAUAUAUACAGAAGUUAUCUCUUUUUUAAAUUAUAUUUUCAGAUUUUGGAUAAUUCUUACUAUUCUUAAUAUUUAUCAAUUAUCUAAUCAAAAUCAAUUAAAAUUUCGUUUUUAUUUUUUAAUUUAUUUAUACAUUUUAUACAUUAAGGGUAUAAAUGAUAUUAACCACUUUAACUUUCAACGUGAGAGUUCCAUUGCAAAAAUUUAUUUCGCAAAUAAUAGUAUAGAUACAAACCUAUGUAUAAGUUUUAUUAGUGUGAAGUUUGGACUCACAAAACAUAUAUGAAGUUUCCGUAUGUCAAUCAUUAUUUCUGUUGGAAAUUUAAAUUUAAUAAUCCAUCUUACAUAAUUGAGUCACUGACAUAAUUAAGGAGAAAAUUAAUCUCACAUGUAGUAGCUUAAGUGUGAUAGCUCCAUUCCACACGCGUGUCAUGCUUAUAUUCAAAAGCAAAUAAUGAGUGUGGUCGUUUCGUAUCAUCUUAUUCAACUAUAUAUCAUAUCGAUGUUAUAAAACUGAAAUAUACAUUUCCUGCAAUAAAUAUGGACUAAUCUAUAAUGACUUCUUAACCAAAAACGUAUAUAUGACUCAUUCGAGAGAGAUAUUACUCGCGAGAUAAUUUUCUUUUACUUUCACUUUAUAAAAUAGUAAAAUAUUAAAGAUUAAAAUUAUUUCCUCAAAAAAAGUUGAAUAUAUAAUUAAUAGGAGUAACUGACAUUAGAACUGGACACAAAUGCUUGAUAUUCGGUUUGUACUCGCUACUUGACUCGGUUAGAUAUGAAAAAACAAGUACUUACUCCAAUCAAAUCCAGUAACAAGUAAGAGGAUUUUAUUACUUGCAAGUACAAGUCAAGUAUCAAGUUCAUUUUAUUUUUUAGCUACUUGGUUUGUUACUUCGUUUAUUACUUGAUUUAUUACUUGUUAUCGUUUACUUAUUCAGUUAUUUGUUAUAUAUUAUUUGGUUUAUUAAAUACUUAGUAUAUAUUUCAUUAGUUAAUUAAAAUUUAAGUAUUUUAUGAGUGGCUACAAUCAAUACUAUUAAAAGGGAAGGAGUCAUAAAAAAUCUACUUACAAAAGUUUGUUGGACAUAUUCAUUAGAAACUUAAACAUAUAUUUACAAAAUUUGUUAUUAGGUUCCCUUAUUAUUUGCUAAGCCUUCCAACAAUUAGUUCCUAUAUAUAUGCAUUUCAUCAUUUAUUAUCUUUACAUAUAUUUUAUUAUUUGCUAAACCCUUCAACUAUUAGUUCUUAUAUAAAUGCAUUUCAUCAUUUAUUAUCUUUACAUAUAUUUGGAUAUCUAUUACUCCAUACAUUUUUUUUUUAAAUUUAGAAGUCAAAAUUAAAUGCCUUCAAACUACACUAUUACCAUACAUGCAUACAAAUAUUUCAUCAAUAAAUUUGUGUUCAUCAACUUUUUACCAGCUACAAAUUAAUAUCAUGUAAAACGAAUUAUGUUCAAUGAAAAUUGACGAUAAAAUUUAAAUAAAACUAUUAUUGAGUUUAUUGUUAGUUUCACUAUAUGCAAUUCAAAAAUUGGUUUACCGGCUUAAAUUAACGAGUUUUUUUGUUUAUAAGCACAUAUCACACUUGAUUGCGAGUUUUUUGAAGUUUGCAUGCUUUAAAUUAACGAGUUUUCCUUAAAUCCCAACCAGCUUAUGUACAAGUCAUUGUUUAGCGGUUUGACCGCGGGUCUGAACUUAAUAUAAUUUUUUUUCUUAUCUAAUUUAAAAUAAUAGGCAUGCUGAGUUUGAUCACACCAUAUAAAAUUUUAAAAAAUAAUUAAUAAAAGCAAUUGAAAAUAUAAUUACAUUAAAUAACCAAAUUAAAAAAAAAUUAUCUUUUGAUAAAAUAUGACUUUGUAACAUAAUAAUGUACAAAAAACAAAAAUACUAAUUCAUAUCAAAUAUUUUUAUCAACCAAAAAAUAAUCCGCGCUUUUAAGCGUGGAUCAAAAUCUAGUUACUUUUUAUUUGCCUAUGUUCACUACUUGGUUGGUUGGUACUUGAUCUUUAAAGUCGAAUAUUUGUUUUGACCAAGAUGUAUAUCAAGUAGUCUAUUUAAACUACUUACGAAUUCAUACAAAUACAAAAUCAUAAAAUAAAAAUAAUUAUUUAGUUUAUUAUUUAUUUUUUAGUUGCACAAAGAUACAUUUUCCUAAAUUAUAGUAAAACAACUCGUUUAUAUUUCAAUUUUUAUAAGUGAAUCUAACAUAAAUGAUAUAUUUAUAUAAGAAUUUUGGAAUUUUUCUUUUUUAAUUUAAUCUAUUUACGAAUGACUAAAAACAGGAAAAACAAUGACAAAAUAAAAAAAAGACAUAUUAUUUAUAUAUAAUAAAUUAAUUUACUUUUAAAUUUCAACUAAUUAUCAAAUAAUUUACCAAUAAUUAUCAAAUAAUUUGUAAAUAAUUUACAAGUAGCAAGUAAUAAAACAAGGCAAGUAACUAUCAAAUCCAUCAAUUUUUCGCAAUUACUUGAAACUAUAAGUAUUCGUUUUUAAUAAAUCAAAUAUAAGCUCAAAAUUUUAAUACUCGUACAAGCCAAGCCGAGUACUAAAUAUACCGAAAAUACCAAAUAUUCGGCUUAUGCCCACCCCUAACUGGCAUCGUUUAAUGGAAAAUGAAGAUAGUACGCUUUUUAACCAAAGAUAGAAAAAAGUCUAUUACGUCGACCAAAAAGAAACUUCUAUAUAUAUUUCUUCUUUGGAUAUAUUCAUUUAGUCUUGAAAGUAAUAGUUUCCUUAACCCAAAAAUACACAAGUCCAGCAAACUGAUUUUGUUGAACCUUGAAAAAUAAUAUUUAACGCGUUCAAAAAUCCUAACGUGUACCAUAUAUUUUCAAAUAAUUAGGCAAUAUGGGGACAAAAUAAAAAAUUUCAAAUACGUAAACACUAAGACACCUGUAAUGUAUAUAUAUAACACAAACGCAUACAAAUGUCUUUCAGUUUCAUGCUGUGUCAAUUUAUUCUAUCAAGUCGGCAAAAGCUUCACAAUGUUAAACACCGUACCGUUUUUCCUUUUCCUUCUUCUGUUUCUCGUCGGCAACUACCGCAUUAGCGUCGCCGAAAAGGCAGGGUUCGUCGGGAGAAACGGCACGCAGUUCGUGUUGAACGGAGAACGAGUUUACCUAAACGGCUUCAACGCUUAUUGGAUGAUGACCACUGCUGCUGAUACUGCGUCUAAAGGAAGAACCACCGUCACGACGGCGCUCCGGCAAGCCUCCACCGUUGGAAUGAACGUUGCCAGGAUUUGGGGUUUCAACGAAGGAGAUUACCUUCCUCUUCAGAUCUCUCCUGGCUCCUAUAGUGAAGACGUUUUCAAGGGACUAGACUUUGUAGUCUAUGAAGCUGGAAGAUAUAAUAUUAAGUUGAUAAUUAGUUUAGUCAAUAAUUUCGAAGAUUUUGGAGGGAGAAAGAAAUAUGUGGAAUGGGCCGGUUUAGAUGAACCGGAUGAGUUCUACACAAACUCGGUUGUCAAGCAGUUUUACAAGAACCACGUGAAGACCGUGCUGACGAGGAAAAACACAAUCACUGGUCGUGCUUACAAAGAAGACCCAACCAUCUUUUCAUGGGAGCUCAUCAACGAACCUCGCUGUAACGAUUCCAGUGGUUCUACCAUCCUACAGAACUGGGUGAAGGAAAUGGCAGGUUAUGUGAAGUCCAUAGACUCAAACCAUCUACUCGAAAUAGGACUGGAAGGAUUCUAUGGAGAAUCUAAACCAGAAAGAACUGUUUACAAUCCCGGCGGCGCGGUCUUAACCGGUACAGAUUUCAUCUCAAAUAACCAAAUUCCUGAGAUCGAUUUCGCCACUAUUCAUAUAUAUCCAGAUUCUUGGCUACCACUACAGAGCUCAAGGACAGGAGAACAAGAUGAAUUCGUGGACAACUGGAUAGGAGCACACAUCCAAGACUGUGACAGUAUCAUCAAGAAGCCUCUAUUGAUAACAGAGUUUGGUAAAUCUUCGAAGUUUCCUGGUUUCAGCAUAGAGGAACGCAACAAGUUUUUCAAGAGUGUGUAUGAUGUGAUCUACGACAGUGCAAGAACUGGUGGCUCGUGUACUGGUGGAGUUUUCUGGCAGCUUACGACCAAUAGAACUGGUCUGUUAGGUGACGGGUACGAGGUUUUCAUGCAACAAGGUCCUAAUACUACUGCUAAGCUUAUCGCAGAGCAAUCUAUUAAAUUGAAAAACCUCAAGUGUCCACCAUUAGUCACACAUAGUGCAGUAUGAAAACAGUAUAGAUACAAAAACAGUAGACAGAUAAUAUGUAAAGAUAGGAAACAUGUAAAAAAUGAACAUGACCAAAAGCUAGAAGGUAUACUAGUAGUAGAUACAUACUUUUGCUUGAAUUUGUAAAGUCAUUAGAAACAAUAAUUCAGUGGGAAGUUAUAUAUAUUACAGAGUUUUUUUUUUGACUGAGACGCUAUAAAUAAGUAAAUGAAACAAUGUGUGAGGCAUUUUCAGGAUAAAAUAACAUAGAAAAAGUCAGAUGAUCAGGAUAACCACAGCCUAAUAUGUUAAAGAUUUUUUCGUUUUCAGCCACUAUGUUAUUUUUUUUUGUCGGCUCCACUCUGUUAUUAUUACACGUUUAUUUUGUAAUGUUCAAAAUAUAAUCGUUUCAAUGUGAAAAAAGAGAGCUUAUAUCUAAGGAGGAUACAAAACAAAUAUAUUUAUUUAUACUCUGGAUAACGAUCGCAUAUAUAGUUAUGAUAGGUUUGAGCGUUUAAGCAAUCGAACAACUAAAUUCAAUUUUGAUGAUUUAUGAAUAUUCUAAAAUAUCAAUAAAAUGUAAUUAUUAAUACAUUAUAAAAUGAUAUUGAAUAAAAAACAGCCAAAUUUAAAUUUAUAAAAGAACAAAAAAAAAA